UCUCUCUCUCUCUCUCUCCCUCUAUCUAAGCAUCUCCCUUCCUUUUGCAAAUUGCUACUCUUUGGUGAGUAAUACUGAGAUUAUGUGAGCAAGGCCAAAAGGUCCGGUUCAGCUCGCCGCUGCCCUUUCCUCCGGUUUGGUAGCUGCAUUCUGUUGUUUGUACCAGUGAUUCAAUUGGUGUGACUUUCUCAUUUAUAUCAAAUCAUGCGUUCGUGGUGGGGGAAGUCUUCUAAAAACAUAAAAAAGAAAUCGAAUGUGGAAAGUAUCAUCUUUUCACUGCACAGGAGUUGCAUUAGGCCCAGGGUUUUGAAAAGACAACAUAAUGAUUCUUUUUCAGAAAAGGAAGAAGCUCAAUCCCGCGCAAAUCCCCUUUCUCAAUUGUCUUCCAAACACGUGUCGUGCAGUCAUAGUUCUGGUCAAAGCCAUGAGGCCCAGCCACUUCCUCUUCCUGGUACCUAUUUUGCUUUUAGGAAGGAACCAUCUCUUGAUGGGGGUCCCAGAAACAAUCCAUCCCCUUGCCAUCUGAAAUCUGGACAUGUAACAACCAAGACCCGUGCUGUGGUUGGUGAAGGGGACAUGGCUUCUCCUUCCAACUCUAGUGAGACAUCGAGUGAUACUGAUGAUCCAUGUGACUCGCGUCUCAUAAGCCCUCAUGAAUCUGAUUAUGAGAAUGGAAUGAGAUCCUACACAACCAGUCCAUGCGGGUUGAAACAUUCGAGAGAGAUGGCGAAGCCAGCUAAUAGUUUGUUGAACUAUCAGACUAGCCCCAUAUCACCUAAACAGAGGCAUGUGAAUUGUAAAGAUCGUCCACAGGCUCAUCAGGGUGUUACAAAAAAUGCUCCAGACACUCCAGUUUCAAGUCCUCCUAGAAGUCCAACAAGGAUUUUUGGUCAUGAACUAGCCACGGAGUAUGGUUUCUGGCCAGGAAAGCAGCAUGCAGACAUAGCUUUACAAGGAUCUGGACAGUGCUCGAGCCCAGGUUCCGGUUACAACUCAGGAAACAAUUCCAUUACAGAGGAUAUGCCAUGUCAGCUCCUUUGGCCACAUUGCAGGUGUAGUCCUGAGUGUUCUCCAUUGCCUAGCCCCCGAAUGAUGAGCCCCGGACCUGGCUCAAGGAUACACAGCGGUGGGGUCUCACCUCUGCAUCCUCGUGCGGGGGGGACCACAUCUGAGCCUUCUGCAGCUUGGUCUGAUAAUAGCAGGCAACAGAGCCACCCAUUGCCUCUACCUCCAGUGCAAUCUGGUACUCCUCCAUUUGUUCCAUCGUGUUCGCCUUCGCCAGUUACAUCACCCAGGAUUCCCCGAAGUCCUGUUAGGACUGACAAUCCUUUAAGCCCCACAUCAUGCUGGAAAAAAGGACGAGCACUUGGAAGAGGAACAUUUGGACAAGUUUAUUUGGGUUUUAAUAGUGAAAGUGGUGAGAUGUGUGCCAUGAAGGAGGUUACAUUAUUCUCUGAUGAUGCUAAGUCAAAAGAAAGUGCACAGCAACUGGGACAGGUAGAUGACAAACUAUAUAUAUACCUUGAAUAUGUAUCUGGUGGUUCGAUUCACAAAAUUUUGCAAGAUUAUGGGCAGUUGGGUGAAGCAGCAAUCAGAAGUUAUACCCAACAGAUUUUAUCUGGGCUGGCUUAUUUGCAUGCCAAAAAUACAGUUCAUAGGGAUAUCAAAGGAGCAAAUAUUCUUGUGGAUCCCAAUGGGAGGGUAAAAGUAGCUGAUUUUGGGAUGGCAAAACACAUAACUGGGCAAUCAUGUCCAUUGUCUUUCAAGGGAAGCCCAUACUGGAUGGCACCUGAGGUCAUAACUAACUCAAGCAGUUGUAACCUUGCGGUGGAUAUAUGGAGCCUUGGGUGCACUGUUUUGGAGAUGGCCACCGCAAAACCACCUUGGAGUCAGUAUGAAGGGGUUGCUGCCAUGUUCAAGGUUGGAAACAGCAAGGAACUGCCCAAUAUUCCAGACCACCUAUCGGACGAAGGCAAGGAUUUCGUAAUGAAAUGCUUGCAGAGAAAUCCUAGUCACCGACCAACAUCCGCCCAGCUACUAGAGCAUCCUUUUGUUAAAAACUGUAGCUCAUUGGAAGGACCCGUUCUAGGUGCUGAGCAUUUAGAAUCCAUUCCUGCACUUACACAUGCUGUCAAAACACUGGACUCUGGGCGCUCCAGAAGAAUUUCUCACUAUUUGGACUUUUCCGAUGCUAUCAAUCACUCAAAAAGCCGGAAAGAUUUUCGUGGAUUUAGUGAUGGCUACACCGUGAAAAACUAUUCUGGUCCUCUUACUUCAUCUGGAAACACUCUUUCGUACUCACCGCCACCUCAGCAUAUAAAGGGACGAGUGUAUCCUUAUCCAUCUGGUGCUUCAACUCCGCCCGGUGGCAGUCCCAAGUUUAUUGCUAUUCCACCAUACCAUCCAAACACACCAGAUCAUUCACAAAAACCUAAAAUACAGAAAGCUCAUUCGUCCAUAGAACAACUCACGCAAAAUUGACAUUUUUGAACAAGAGAUCAAAAGGCUCGUCCCGCAGAAAGUAUGGUUAUACGACACUCAUUUGAUGUUAUCCGACUGAGUGUCACAGCAGCUGUUUGGGAAUCCAGGGAGACAAAGGCUGGGGCAAGAGCUAAACCGAGUCCUACCAUGCCUAGUCGCAAGAAUGAAUUUUGAGGUGUAUCGUAUUUUUUCUUUGGAGGAUGAGAUAUGCAGUGUCCAUGAUUAGUAUCUAUUUGUACAAUUGUAAAUGAAAGAAGCCAGUGCUCUGUUUCAUUCUUUCGAAUAUUUUAGGUUGAAGAAGAGAGAGAGAGGAGCCAUUAUUUUUUGAAGGUAAUACCAUCUCUAUAUGAAGAGCACUUUCCCAGAAACCUAAUUCGGGUCUAUAUUGUAAUUUUUUUUCCUCCUUUGUUCAGCAAAUAUUGAUCGAAUUAUCCUCUUUUUCCAGAGGACAACUUCCAGCUACUACUGACACCUUGCGUUGAUUGGUGAGACAAAAUGUAUAUUCUGUAGGCUUAGCUAACAGGUGAAAAAAAUUAAGGCUGA